CACACAGCAACAAGGUGUUAUCAGACGUUCUGCUUUUGAUGUUGCACAACAUUAAGAUGGAAACUUUUACCAUCGUAAAAUUUAUGGAAGUGUCAUGUGACCAGGAAGUUUUAUUCUUAGAAUUGAUGUAAAACGUCAUCACACUCUUUAGUUACUGUAUACCCCAACACUAGAUUAACUAGUUGUUCUGACAGACUUUCUCCAUCCGAUGAUGCUUCAUAUCCAACCAAUGGAUAAAUGAAUGUGUUGUUACAUCCUCGAAUUACUAUUUACUAGAAGGAAAGUUCCCCCUAGAUUUGAAUUCUGCGUAGGACUUUGCUGCGGAUGAGUGUUUCGAGAGUGUUGUGCUUUUCCAGUGAAACAAUACCAUUUUUCCCCGAUGAUGUAACUUCCAUGUUUCGACCACUGGUUGGGGCCUGAGCGAGUACUGGCAUUGUAUUCCAGCAAGCCUCAGGAUGUCCUGUUGGGGGUAGGGGUUGGACAGAAGAGGAGAUGUAACGGCACAAGAGAGCUGCGUGCUUUAAAUGGUGGUGGCUACAGUGGCUGGUCUGGAGUUGACAAGAGGCGCUGUGGACAUUGGCACUGUGGACAUUGGGCCCAUCAAAAUUCUUUUUCUGAACCCUUCUCACAAAGCCUUUCUACUUCCUGUGUCCGCGUCAGAGAGAAGAAUUUUUGCAUUGGAUAUAUUUCUGUCAAUUAUUUACCUUUUGCUGGAUAGGGAAAGGAAUUGCUACAGCCCCAAAAGAAACGUAACUUAUUUUGGUGGCGUAUGUAAGGUGUUAAGAGGCUAUGAGCCGGGAUCAAGGAGUCUCUUAUCAGUUUACCAGGAGAGGACGAAAAACUUGUUUUGAGGAGUGAACUUUAAGGAGGUGAACGACGACAACAAACAGAAGCUUUUCAGAGACAUCUACACUUCUAUCGACACAUUGGCAUUCACGUUUGGCAAUGUAGUGUCUGACUUCCUUAUGGGAGAUGUAGAGAAUGGAUCAGUGUUGGGGCUCCCCCUGACUAAGAGAAGCAGGUCUUCUGAGAACCUCUCUGUGGAAUCUGGAGGAUCCGGUCCAGAGAAAGAUGAUCCGCCAGGGCCUUGUCCGCCAGUUCGAGUCGAAGAGGUGGACCGCACGCUGCAGCGGCAGGACAGCGGGGUGGAGUCGGCGCUGCUCUAUGCCAAGGCCUGGUGCAAGUACACCAAAGAGCUGCUGGCAUGGGUGGAAAAGCGCCUUAACAUGGAAAUCGAGUGUGCAAAGAGCUACUCCAAAAUGGCAGAAUCUGCCAAGACGCUUGCAAGUCAGCAGGAAUUCAUGCCGUUCCGUGAGAUCUACAUGACCGCUUUCAAAAAUGACAUUGAAUACAGCCAGCUGGUACUUCACACUGCGGCUGUGCUCCAAAGCAACAAAUUUGUGCAGCCUCUCCUAGCCAGAAAGAACGAACUGGACAAACUACGAAAAGAGGUCAAGGAUCAGUGGCAGAGAGAGCAAAAGAAGAUGCACGAGGCAGAAAGUGCACUGAGGAAGGCCCGGCUGCUGCAGGUCCAGCGGCAGGAGGAAUACGAGAAGGCCAAGGUGUCCACCAGCCGCCUGGAGGAGGAGCAGAUCGGAGGAGCGGGGGGAGCGGCGGGAGCUAAACAGCUAGAGAAGAGGCGCAGGCUGGAGGAGGAGGCCCUGCAGAAGGCGGAGGAGGCCAGGGAGCACUGCAAAGCUUGUCAGAUUGAUGUUGGAGAGAAGAGAGUGGAUCUGGCCAAAACCAAGGGUGUGAUCAUCACUCAGAUCCGAGAGAUGGUCUCUCAGUGUGACCUAACCCUCAAGGCUGUGACGGUCAAUUGGUUCCAGCUCCAACAAGCCCAGGUUGUCUCCCUCCCCGUCAACCACCAGAGUCUGUGUGAAAAUGCCAAGCAGUACGAGCCCGGCCAGCGCUACAUCGACUUUGUCAAGGGUCUGCCCGCCGACGGGCCUCGUCUGGAGUCCCUCUCGUUUGAUUCUGCUGUUACGCAAAGCACAGGACUGCUUUUCAACAAGCGCUCGCUAAGUGGCUGCCACUCGUCCCACAGUAACCUGUCGCAGACCUCUGACUUCCUGUGUGGCGAGGACAUGGACAGUCCCAUCAGUGGCCAGCAUACCAAGAUUGCAGAAAGGCGUUCCAACAAUAGCACAGACAUCCAAGCACUUCGGAUUCAGGCUCCGUUUCGUCCCUGGGCCACAGCCAGCCAGGGUGGAGGGAUGUGCAGCGAUUCAGAAAGUGCUGGAGGGAGCAGCGAGUCCCGGUCCAUGGACUCGCCCACUGCAAGCCCAGGAGACUUCAAGCGGAGAUUACCCAGAACCCCCUCCACCGGCACCAUGUCUUCUGCUGAUGACUUGGAUGAGAGAGAGCCUCCCUCUCCCUCUGAUAACGGUGUAAGCGAAAUGGUGAUAGAGAUGGCUAGCUCCCCGGGUCCCUUUAGAAACACCCAGAUGUCCAAGGCAUCUCAAACCCACAAGCUGAGGAAGCUCAGAGCGCCCUCCAAGUGCCGAGAGUGUGAUGGCCUGGUGGUGUUUCAUGGAGCCGAGUGCGAGGAGUGUUCGCUGGCCUGCCACAAGAAGUGUCUGGAAACCCUGGCCAUCCAGUGUGGCCACAAGAAGCUCCAGGGGAAGCUUCACCUCUUUGGCAUCGACUUCACACAGGCGGCUAAGAACAGCCAGGACAGCAUCCCCUUCAUCAUAAGGAAGUGUACGUCAGAAAUUGAGAACCGAGCGCUCAGCAUUAAGGGUAUCUACCGCGUGAAUGGUGCCAAGUCUCGGGUGGAGAAGUUGUGCCAGGCGUUUGAGAAUGGAAAGGACCUGGUGGAGCUCUCCGACCUUUAUCCCCACGAUAUCAGCAACGUACUCAAACUCUACCUGAGACAGCUCCCAGAGCCACUCAUCCUGUUCCGCUUCUACAACGACUUCAUUGGUUUGGCAAAGGAAAGCCAGAGUAUCAUUGUGGAAGAAAUGGAGGCGCUGCGGCUCAGUCCCAGCCCAGUCACCCCGGCCCAGGUGAGCGUGGAGCUCAACCGAGUCCUCUUCAAGAUCAAGGACCUGCUAAGGCAGCUGCCGCCAGCUCAUUACAAGACACUUCAGUUCCUUAUCGAGCAUCUGCACCGGGUGACAGAGUGGUCAGAGGAGAAUAAGAUGACUGCCAGCAACCUGGGUAUCAUCUUCGGCCCAACACUGAUCAAGCCAAGGCAGGCGGAUGCUGAGGUUUCCCUCUCCUCCCUGGUGGAUUACCCCUAUCAGGCACUCAUUGUGGAGCUCCUGAUCAGACACUACGAGAUGGUCUUUGACACCCCCCUCAGUCCCCUAACUGGCAACUCACCUACAGAGGUUGAUACCCAGCCCCGCCAUCACACCCAGCUGAGCAGGCACUCCAAGUCGCUGGGAGACAUAAAGGAGCAGACCUCUAAGGUGUUUAAGAGACAUUCCUCCAUUAUUCCUUCUUCUCACUUAAUGGCGGAGGUCCAGGAGACCAAGCCAAGCCUCGAUGGAAGUGACUUUGAACCUGCUGAUGAAGUGGAUUCAGAGAAUCUCAACGGGGUCCUGUUAUCAAGUGCCCCUGAGAUUCCGAAACCUGGCGAGAGAGGGCUCUGUCGUUCCCAGAAUAUCACCAUCGCCAGGGUCCAGCUCCGACACCCUCGCAACAAACUCUCCUCCAGGCCAAUCAGCUUGCCAGCUGAACGGGUACACAGCCGAAGUCAAGUCGACGAGAACAACACCCGGAACAGCACUGACCAGGCUGUCAGGAAAGGAGCAAGUUUUGACGAGCCCAUCGAAGAGGUGGACGAAAGUGAAAAUGCAAAACUGCGCAUGGCUACACAUUACCGGAGUACAUUUAUUGACACCCAGACAUUACGCAGAACUUGGGACAAACAGUACAAACACGAUGUUGCCGCUCGGACUGUCAAAAUUGUGGCCAGUUCGUCCACGGAGAGCGCAGCAGAGGAACCCAGCAACUUAUCAGCUUCUGUGCCAUCAGCCCUGUCUCUUGGAUCCUCCGGGAGCACUAUUGGCACCAUCUUCCCCAACAGACCAUACACUGUCGCAGUGCGACCCAGCAGGACUUUAAGAAGGGAGGACAAUGUUACCAAGUAUAGCCCCAUCACAACAGCUUUCAGGGCUCCCAGGACUCUUCAGCCUCCCCCAGGAACCUUCUACAAGCCCCCAUCAGGGAGCAAAGUUAAAGCGCUGCAGAACUGUGCGUCAGCUAACAGCGCUGAGGAAGAAGAUGAAGACGAGGAGGAGGAGGAGGAAGAAGAUGAUGAGGAGGAGGAGGAGGAAUUGGGGAUUGAGAUAGAAGUGUCUGUAGAUGAGCCUCUAGAGGAGGACAUCGAGGCCGAGCAAGUGGCCAUGUCCCAGUCUCCCAGCUCUAGCCCUGAGGACCUGGGCCAAAACCAGGCCAAACCAGUGUACCAGAGACUACGGCCCCGACGCCUCCAGGAGGCCGAGCAUCGAGAGGCUCAUUUUGUGUGAUCUCAGAAACGGUGCCAUAUUCUGUCGGAGAAAGAAUAAGAAACAUCUGCAUUAACGCCGCAGAGACAAUUUUCAGGUGUGCGAAGAUUCUGGGCAGCGUGUGGAGAAUGAAAUGUACAUUUGGUUCUCAGCAGACAAACAGAAUGCACUUAAAAUGCUGUAUAUUUUUAUUAUGAUUCACCAAUAUUUCCUUUACCAAUCUGUACACUCUGGCACUUGGUCAGAAUAUUUAUAUAUAUUUUUUAAACCGUGCAAUUACAUUUUAUUUGAAUAUUUUGUAUUAAGUUCUUACACGCUCACUGUAUGUUUAUAUACCAAAAAACUCUUUGAUUCGUUAUGGUAGUGCAUGUAGCCAUGGCAUUGGAAAAAACUAUAUUGGUGCACUUACCUGACAUCAAUACUCUUCCACAACUCUUGAGUCAGAUUUCUAUCGACUGUGAGUCAGAAUAUUUUAAACUGUUACAUUUAGGGUAUAAUGAAUAAUUUUGCUUAUAAUAUGUGUAUAAACCAAUACUGUACAAUGACUUUUGUCACUUGCUUUACUGAAUCUUUGUGUUGGUGUUUGCCAAUGUUAAGAAGCACCGCUAACAAACGGUGUACAUCCACUUUAUACUGUUGAACUUGUACAGGGUCAACUCAAACUGUCCUGAAAAGCCUUUAGAAAUGCCCUGGCUUUAUUUUUCAUAUUUUAGUAUAACAUCUUCAUAUUUUAAUAGCCAAAGUGUUUUCAUUUUCUUUUCUUUUCAUUUUUUUUAACUGAAGUAGUUUUAUCAGUAACCUAAAUCGUAAAUGUUCUUUGUAAUUAAUAGUAAAUGCAUCAUUUGAUUAAACAGCAUCUGUUUUUCAUGGUAAUGUACAAGGUUGACAGAUUAUUGAAAAGGUCAAUGUAAAAGAAAAAAACAGGUACAUGAGCAAACACCCUUUUGUAACUUAUUAAAAUAUAUCUGAAAACUUC